AUGAUUCCACAAACAUUAGAAGCGUUUGAACGCUUGUCUACAGAACAAGACAAAUAUUUGUCUGAUGUUAAUGUAAAUACUGAAAAAUGGACUAAAUUUCGUUCAGAUUAUCUCACAUUAAAACAACGUUUACAAACGAUGCCUGAUGUAUUAUCCUACGAUUGUAUGAUACCAUUUGGACGUUUGGCAUUUAUACCUGGCAAAAUUAUUCAUACAAAUGAAUUAAAUGUAUUAUUAGGUGAAAAUUAUUUUGUUCAACGUUCGUGUAAACAGGCAAUAAAUAUAGUUGAUCGUAGGUUGAUAAAUAUAGAAAAACAACUGGAAAAAUACAAUGCUGAAUAUAAUUUAUUCAAACAACAACAAGAAUACACCAAAGACAUUAUUAAUGAAAAAUCCAACUAUAUUGAUAUCAAAGAAGACCUUCAGAUGAAAGAGCCUACCGUGGAAAAAAGUCGUCGUGAAAAUUUGACUGAUGAACAAAUACGAAAUGAACGUCAGUUAUUACAACAGCGUGCACUGGAACUAGCGGAUAGUUUUAAAAUAGAUGAAAGUAAACAAAUAAACGAUACCAAGAAUAUACCAACCAUUACAACAAAAAAAAAAGUUCAGUGGAAAGAUAAUUUAGAACAAAAGUCUCCUGAGGAAACUGAUGAUGAAGAAGAAGAAGAGGAAUAUCAACGGCAUUCUAUAAUCACUAUACGUCAUUCAAAUCCACAACAAGACCAAGACAAACAACAAGAUAACUCCCAAAACGAAAUAAAACAACAUUCGCAAUUGAAAUUUUUUCAUCCUGGAGAGAUAGGUCGCAAGGAAGGAGUACAAAAAUCAAUACUAAAAGCUGAUACAGAAAAUUUUGUUGUCGGAAAAGAUGAGAUAAAUAGAAACGAGGCCUCUGUUGCUAAUCCUUCACCCUCUGCGAUAACAGCAUUUACUGGACGAAUGAUUGAACGUAUUCCGGGAAUUCCCGAUGAUACUAUGCAAAACAUAGAACCGGUGAAAAGAACUUCAAAAUUUAAAGCAUCCAGAUCUUAG